UAGAGGAGAGGAGAAGCCCCGCCUCCGUCUCUCCCCUCCCUCGGCUUGGAUCCCCGCUUCCCACCGCGUGUCCCGCUUCUUCCUUGGAGUAUCUGCGCUGGAUCCCUCGGAAGACGCUUCCGGAUCCCUCUCGGGACAGGGGAACAGUGAAAGUCUGGCCCUGAACUCUAGAGAGGAGAAGGACAUUCUUAGAUCAGAAACUACAAAGGACCAAUCAAUUAAGGAGAAAUCAAACUGGGCAGCAGUGAUGGGUCAUCCCUGGCCUUGACUGAGAGGGGUAACAAGUGGCCCAGAGACCUCUUAAAGCAGAUAAAAGAUUUACCUUGAAGACAACUGUCAACAGAGGGUAGAAAAUCAGCCCAAGGCAGCAGCCGCCCGAAAGGAUGAUGGAGCCUGGGAAACUCUUGGAUCCCCCAUCAGACACAAGCAGGAGUCUGAAAAAUUCCUAUGAAUGCUCAGAAUGUGGGAAAUCCUUUGCUCGCAGGUCCCUCCUUUUGACCCACAGGAAGGUCCAUGUGGGAAGCGGAUCCAGUCAAGGUUUGGAGGGUGAGAAAUCUUUCUCUGGAAAAGACGCCAAAGAUCUCAGAAGCUCCCCAAGAAUAAAACCCUAUAAAUGUCUGGAAUGUGACUUAUGCUUUGGUCAAACGUCAAGCCUUCUUACACAUCAGACAAUCCAUACUGGAGAGAAACCUUAUCAGUGUCUAGAAUGUGGGAAGUUUUUCCGUGAAAAAGUCAUUCUCAGAAACCACGAGAUAAUCCACACAGGGGAGAAACCUUACAAGUGUUGGGAAUGUGGGAAGAGCUUUUCUCAUAAGUCAAAUCUUUGGUCCCAUGAGAAGAUUCAUACAGGAAUAAAGUCUUACAAAUGCUUUGAGUGUGGAAAAUGUUUCACUCACAGUUCAGUUCUUUGGAGUCAUCAGAAAACACACACAGGGGAGAAAAACGAAAAGUGCCUGGAAUGCGGGAAAUGUUUUACCCUGAAAGGAAACCUGUUGCGACAUCAGAGAAUUCACACUGGAGAGAAACCCUAUGAAUGCCCAGAAUGUGAGAAACGAUUUGUAGAUUCUUCUGAACUUCGGACUCACCAGAGGAGGCACAAAGAGGAGAAACCGUAUCAAUGUGGGGAGUGUGGGAAAAGUUUUAUUAAGCCAGGACUGCUUCAAAUUCAUCAGAGAAUCCACACAGGGGAGAAGCCCUACAAGUGUGGGGAGUGUGGGAAGUGCUUUACCCAAAAACGCUCACUUGGAAGGCAUCAGAGGGUCCACACGGAAGAGAAGCCAUACAGAUGCAUAGAAUGUGGGAAAUCUUUUGCUCGAAAUGAAAACCUUUGGAACCAUCAUAAAACCCACACAGGGAAGAAGCCAUAUGAGUGCAAUGAAUGUGGAAGAUUUUAUCAUACCUCAUCAGCCCUUAGAAGUCAUAUGAAAAUUCACACGGGGGAAAAAAACUACAAAUGUUUGGACUGUGGGAAAGCUUUUGCUCAGUCAUAUACCCUUAGAAUUCACAGCGUAAUCCAUACAGGAGAGAAACCAUAUAAAUGUCUGAAAUGUGGGAAAUGUUUUGCCCAACCUUCAGGCCUUCGCAUCCACACCCGAAGUCACACAGGAGAGCAGCCUCACAAGUGUGCAGAGUGCGAGAAAACUUUUCCCAGUGGAUCAAAGCUAAAAAAGCACCAGAAAGUCCAUAGCAGAGAUAAAUCUCUUCAGAUGUAUUCAAAAAUCAGCCCAAGGCAGCAGCCGCCCAAAAGGAUGAUGGAGCCUGGGAAACUCUUGGAUCCCCCAUCAGACACAAGCAGGAGUCCGAAAAAUUCCUAUGAAUGCUCAGAAUGUGGGGAAUCCUUUGCCCGCAGGUCCCUCCUUUUGACCCACAGGAAGGUCCAUGUGGGAAGCGGAUCCAGUCAAGGUUUGGAUGGUGUGAAAUCCUUCUCUGGAAAAGACGCCAAAGAUCUCAGAAGCUCCCCAAGAAUAAAACCCUAUAAAUGUCUGGAAUGUAACUUAUGCUUUGGUCAAACGUCAAGCCUUCUUACACAUCAGACAAUCCACACUGGAGAGAAACCUUAUCAGUGUCAGGAAUGUGGGAAAUGUUUCCGUGAAAAAGUCAUUCUCAGAAACCACGAGAUAAUCCACACGGGGGAGAAACCUUACAAGUGUUGGGAAUGUGGGAGGAGCUUUUCUCAUAAGUCAAAUCUUUGGUCCCAUGAGAAGAUUCAUGCAGGAAUAAAGUCUUACAAAUGCUCUGAGUGUGGAAAAUGUUUCAUUCACAGUUCAGGUCUUCGGAGUCAUCAGAAAACACACACAGGGGAGAAAAACGAAAAGUGCCUGGAAUGCGGGAAAUGUUUUACCCUGAAAGGAAACCUGUUGCGACAUCAGAGAAUUCACACUGGAGAGAAACCCUAUGAAUGCCCAGAAUGUGAGAAACGAUUUGUAGAUUCUUCUGAACUUCGGACUCACCAGAGGAGGCACAAAGAGGAGAAACCGUAUCAAUGUGGGGAGUGUGGGAAAAGUUUUAUUAAGCCAGGACUGCUUCAAAUUCAUCAGAGAAUCCACACAGGGGAGAAGCCCUACAAGUGUGGGGAGUGUGGGAAGUGCUUUACCCAAAAACGCUCACUUGGAAGGCAUCAGAGGGUCCACACGGAGGAGAAGCCAUACAGAUGCAUAGAAUGUGGGAAAUGUUUUGCUCGAAAUGAAAACCUUUGGAUCCAUCAUAAAACCCACACAGGGAAGAAGCCAUAUGAGUGCAAUGAAUGUGGAAGAUUUUAUCAUACCUCAUCAGCCCUUAAAAGUCAUAUGAAAACUCACACGGGGGAAAAAAAAUACAAAUGUUUGGACUGUGGGAAAGCUUUUGCUCAGUCAUAUACCCUUAGAAUUCACAGCGUAAUCCAUACAGGAGAGAAACCAUAUAAAUGUCUGAAAUGUGGGAAAUGUUUUGCCCAACCUUCAGGCCUUCGCAUCCACACCUGUAGUCACACUGGAGAGCAGCCUCACAAGUGUGCAGAGUGCGAGAAAACUUUUCCCAGUGGAUCAAAGCUAAAAAAGCACCAGAAAGUCCAUUGCAGAGAUAAAUCUCUUCAGAUGUGAACAACAUUGGGAAUCCUUUUCUUCCCAAUACUCAGAUGUUAACAUUAACCAGGAGCUUCACACAAUGAAAGAAGGGAAAUAGAAGAACUAUUUGAUGUGGGGAAAAUGUUUUUCCUUGUCAGGCAACCUCAAAUCCCAUCAGAGAGAAGACAAUGAGGCAAAAGGGCAUAAGUGUUGGGAAUGUGAGGAUGAUUUCCUCACAAAGUCGCAUUAGUAAUUUAUGUGGGGAAUAGAUAUCAUGUUUUGCAGGAAAUCUUCAACUUAGGACCACAACUUGGAUUGAAUUUCCUGUCAUAUAUUUCUACAGUUGUAAGUGAAGGCACCCAGGUGUUUUUGUUAAUUCUUAUUAGACUUUGUUGAUCAAUAAGAAGAACUGAAGAUUUAUAGAAGA